CAGAGCGAUGAGGCGCUGCCCCUCCACCUGGGGGAGCUGGACCUGACCUCCGAAGAGUUCAUCCUGGAUGAAGUGGACAUUCACAUCCAAGCCAACCUGGAGGAUGCCCUGGUGCAGGAGGCCCUGAAGACGGGGGUGGAUCUCCGCCAGUACUCCAAGCAGGUGGAACAGGAGCUACAGCAGAUCGAAAACGCCUCCAUCAAGGACUAUAUUAAGGAGAGCAAGAACAUUGCCUCAUUGCAUACCCAGAUCACGGCCUGCGAUGCUGUGCUGGAGCGCAUGGAGGCCAUGCUGAGCUCCUUCCAGUCCGACCUGAGCAGCAUCAGCUGUGAGAUCCAGACACUGCAGGAGCAGUCGGUCGCCAUGAACAUCCGGCUGCGCAACCGCCAGGCCGUCCGCGGCCGCCUCUCCCAGCUGGUGGAUGAACUGAUGGUGCCCAACGUCAUGAUCAGCACCAUCCUGGAGACGCCGGUGACUGACCAGGCCUUCCUGGAGCAGCUGAAUGAGCUAAACAACAAGAUCAACGCCGUCAAAGAGCAGGCCUUCCGCGAGACCAUGGCCUGCACGGACGUGGCCGACAUCCUGGACAAGCUGAAGGCCAAGGCGGUGGCCAAGAUCCGAGAGUUCAUCCUGCAGAAAGUCGUCUCCUUCCGCAAACCCAUGACCAACUACCAGAUCCCCCAGAAUGCCCUGCUCAAGUACAGGUUUUUCUACCAGUUCCUGCUGGGCCAUGAGAGGGUCAUCGCCAAGGAGGUGCGGGACGACUACGUGGACACCAUGAGUAAGAUCUACCUCAGCUACUUCAAGUCCUACACCAACCGCCUGAUGAAGCUCCAGUACGAGGAGGUGGCUGAGAAGGAUGACCUGAUGGGGGUGGAAGACACCGGCAAGAAGGGCUUCUUCUCUAAGCCGUCCCUCCGCAGCCGGAACACCAUCUUCACCUUGGGGAACCGGGGGAAUGUGAUCAGCAGCGCUGAGCUGGAAGGGCCUAUCAUCGUCCCCCACUCGGCGCAGAAGAGCGAUGUCCGAUAUCCCUUUGAGUCUCUCUUCCGGAGCCAGCACUAUGCCCUGCUGGACAACAGCUGCCGCGAGUACCUCUUCCUCUGCGACUUCUUCCUGGUGGCCGGCAGCCCCGCCCUGGACCUCUUCAACGCCGUCAUGGGCAAGACCCUCGCCAUGUUCCUCAAGCACAUGGAUGCCUACGUGAGCGACUGCUACGACAGCAUUGCCGUCUUCCUCUGCAUCCACAUCGUCCUUCGCUUCAAGGCUCUCGUGGCCAAGCGCAACGUCCCGGCUAUCGACAAGUACUGGGACACAUUGCUGGAGCUGCUCUGGCCGCGAUUUGAGUACAUCCUGGAGCUGAACAUCCACAGCAUCCAGAGCACGGACCCCCAGAAGCUGGGCUUCCUGGACACGCGGCCCCACUACAUCACCCGGCGCUACGCAGAGUUCUCCUCGGCCAUCGUCAGCAUCAACCAGACCUUCCCCCACGAGAGGACUUUGGCCCUGUUGGGGCAGCUUCAGACCGAAGUGGAGAACUUUGUCCUGCGUGUGGCGGCCGAAUUCUCCUCCCGCACCGAGCAGCUCAUCUUCCUCAUCAACAACUACGACAUGAUGCUCGGCGUCCUGAUGGAGCGAGCGGUGGAGGAGAGCAAAGAAGUGGAAGGAUUCCAACAGCUGCUGAAUGCCCGGACACAGGAGUUCAUUGAAGAGCUCCUGGCCCCGGGGUUCGGGGGCAUGAUCGCCUUCGUGAAGGAGGUAGAGGGGCUGGCUGAGCGGGGCCAGCUGGAGCGCCUGCGAGGAGAGGAAGCCCGGGUGACGCAGCUGGUGCGCGGCUUUGCCGCCACCUGGAAGGCCUCAGUGGAGACUCUCAGCCAGGACGUGAUGCGCUCCUUCACCAACUUCAAGAACGGGACCACCAUCAUCCAGGGGGCGCUGACGCAGCUGAUCCAGUACUACCACCGCUUCCACAAGGUCCUCGCACUGCCCCCCCUCAAGUCGCUGCCCAUCCGCUCAGAGCUGAUCAACAUCCACCACCUGAUGGUUGAGGUGAAGAAGCACCGGCCCAACUUCUGAGGGUGGAGCCCCCAUCCUCAGCCUCCCCUCCCCUUGUACAGUCCCGUGAAUAAAUUAUCUUUU